GGAUUAUAUGGAGAUUUUGUUUCAGCAAGCAAUUAUUCUUCAAUUGAUCUUGAUAAUCAAAAUGAAUAUGUAUCAAUAUCCACAUCUGAAUCAUUUCUGCAAGAUAUGCCUAAAUCACCGUUGCAAGUUAUGCCCGAAUCAGCAUUGCAAGAUAUGCCCGAAUCAGCAUUGCAAGAUAUGCCCAAAUCACCAUUGCAAGAUAUACCUGAAUCACUAUUGCAAGAUUUGUCUAAAUCACCUUUAAAAAAAUUCUAUACAAUAAGGUUGUAUUUAUUUCAUAUUAACUUUAACUCAUGGGAAAAUAACCUACCGACUUACUAA